UUAGCCGAGGAGCAGCGCCAUGCCCGAGCCACCUAAAAGCGCGCCCAAGAAGGGCUCCAAGAAAGCCGUGACCAAGGCGGCUGGUAAAGGAGGCAAGAAGCGCAGAAAGUCCAGGAGGGAGAGCUACGCUAUCUACGUGUACAAGGUCCUGAAGCAGGUUCAUCCCGACACCGGCAUCUCGUCUAAGGCUAUGGGCAUCAUGAACUCCUUCGUCAAUGACAUUUUCGAGCGUAUCGCCGGUGAGUCCUCUCGUCUGGCUCACUACAACAAGCGCUCUACCAUCACCUCCAGAGAGAUCCAGACCGCUGUGCGCCUUUUACUGCCUGGCGAGCUGGCCAAGCACGCCGUGUCCGAGGGCACAAAGGCCGUCACCAAGUACACCAGCUCCAAGUAAAGCGCGCUGCUGCUGCGGCCGCCUUCAGCAACCCAACGGCUCUUUUAAGAGCCACUCACUUUCUCAUAGAAGAGCAAAUUCAUGUCUCUCUCUUCGUGUUGUUCCCUUGUUUUAUAAUAAAUGAGGAAUUGAAUAAAAAUUUAUUUACGGGAGAUACAGCGAGAAAAAUUGCCACAUCAAGAAAACCGACCUCCAUCAAUGAGUAAAUAAAGGAGCUAUUUUACUUACAAAGCGAAAAUAACCGAGUAAAAAUUAUAUGGGUGCUGCACCGAGUUAUUUAAAACGUUUUGUCUGUGCGGAUAAAUGGAAAUCUACCUUGUGACAAUGUCCAUUGUUAAAAACACAACGUGU